CCAGCGGCGCGGGGAAAGUUUACGGGACGUAGGCGGCGGCGGCGGCAGUAGCGGUUACUCCGCGGCCCGCGGCGCACCAUGGCCCUGGCCGGAUGUGUUCGGCCUCGCCUCACCGCGUCCCGGGGCACCGUCGCGGAGCGAGCCGACUUUCGGGACGGAACGGACGUGCGACCGAGUAGCGGCCGGCGCGCUUAGCGCCUUGAACAUGCGGCUGUCCCUGCGGGCGACCCCGAGCUGCGGAGAAGCGGCGGCGGCGGCGGCGGCGGCGGCUCGGGAGCGAAGGCGGCGCCGGCGGAAGGUGGCGGCGUUGGCCGGCGCCUGGCGCGGAGCCCUGAGGAGGCCCCCUCGGUGCGGCCUCGGGCCUCGUCGGGAAGGAUGCUGUCCCGCAAGAAGACCAAAACCGAGGUGUCCAAGCCGGCCGAGGUGCAGGGCAAAUACGUGAAGAAGGAGACGUCGCCGCUGCUGCGGAAUCUCAUGCCAUCAUUCAUUCGACAUGGCCCAACAAUUCCAAGACGAACUGAUAUCUGUCUUCCAGAUUCAAACUCUAAUGCCUUUUCAGCUUCUGGAGAUGGACUAGUAUCAAGAAAUCAGAGUUUCCUAAGAACUCCCAUUCAAAGAACACCUCAUGAAAUACUGAGAAGAGAAAGCAACAGAUUAUCUGCACCUUCCUAUCUUGCCAGGAGUCUAGCAGAUGUCCCUCGGGAGUAUGGCUCCUCUCAAUCAUUUUUAACAGAAGUUAAUUUUGCUGUUGAAAAUGGAGACUCCAGUUCUCGGUAUUAUUAUUCAGAUAGUUUUUUUGAUGGUCAAAGAAGGCGGCCACUUGGUGAACGUGCACAUGAAGACUACAGAUAUUAUGAGUACAAUCAUGAUCUUUUCCAAAGACUGCCACAGAAUCAGGGGAGGCAUGCUUCGGGUAUUGGAAGAGUUGCUGCUACAUCUUUAGGGAAUUUAACUAACCAUGGAUCUGAAGAUUUACCUCUUCCUCCUGGCUGGUCUGUGGACUGGACAAUGAGAGGGAGAAAAUACUAUAUUGAUCACAACACAAAUACAACUCACUGGAGCCAUCCUCUAGAACGAGAAGGACUCCCUCCUGGAUGGGAAAGAGUUGAGUCAUCAGAGUUUGGAACCUAUUAUGUAGAUCACACGAAUAAAAAGGCUCAAUACAGGCAUCCCUGUGCUCCUAGUGUACCUCGGUAUGAUCAACCACCUCCUGUCACAUACCAGCCACAGCAAACUGAAAGAAACCAGUCCCUUCUGGUUCCUGCAAAUCCUUACCAUACUGCAGAAAUACCUGACUGGCUUCAGGUUUAUGCUCGAGCCCCUGUGAAAUAUGACCACAUUCUGAAGUGGGAACUCUUCCAGCUGGCUGACUUGGAUAAAUACCAGGGACUGCUAAAGUUGCUCUUCAUGAAAGAACUAGAACAGAUUGUUAAAAUGUAUGAAGCCUACAGACAGGCUCUUCUCACGGAGUUGGAAAACCGCAAGCAGAGACAGCAGUGGUAUGCUCAGCAACAUGGCAAGAAUUUUUAAGUUAACUUUUUUAAACAAUUUAAAGUUUUAUAAGAGCUUUAAAAGAUUUUCAAAUAAGCUGCAAACAAGAACUUUUGUUAAUAAAGGCAGCUGACUUUUUGGUAAUGAUAAAAUCAAAAAUUUACAUGUUAUUUUGUUAUUAGAAGUUUUCUUUUAUUAAACAACAAAUGGGUUUAUCAUUUGAAGAACUUUCAAAUGCUGUAUAUUAGGAAACUGCUUUGAAUUGUUUGAUUAAAAAAUGCAGCAAAAUAAGGUCAUCAGAUGUUCAAUAGGAAAUGAUCACUCACAGCAGCAGUAACUUUCUAAAAAAGGAAGAAUCUAUGCAGUAUUGUAAAAUGUUUUUCAUGCUUUCAAGCGGAAUUACCAUGGUGUAAUUCAAAUGCAAAAUAGGAUUCGCAACCUCUCUUGUGAUGAAUUUCUAAAUGAUAUAUAUGGGUGGCGUCUGUCUCUUCCCACUCCUCAAAUUUAAGGAACCUUUGGAAGCAUGUUGAGAAACUCUUUCAGGAGUGAGUUUAAACAUCAGGUCUUAACCUGUGUGGAGAGGUGUGUACGUAACCUGUGUGGAAAGGUGUGUGUAAUACUAAAGCAUUGCUUACAUGUUUUCCUUACUUCCAGAGCUCUUACUGAAUUUCACCUGACUCUGGUGAGACAGUUCAGGGUUCCUGCUAACAGCACACUGCCUUCUGACAGACUGGGUUAAGAUGUCAAAAAUGGCAAUCAGGGAA